CAGUGUCAUGAUAAUCUUUCUUUAAUCUGACUCAAUCUACUUCCUGUUAGUCUGAAGGUGCUCGGCUGCAGAGGGAGAUGAAGUCCUACAUGUCUGCCAUCAAAGGGAUGCAGCAGGCGUCCAUCAACCUGACGCAGUCUCUGCAUGAAGUCUACGAACCGGACUGGCACGGCAAAGAUGACAUUGUGACCAUUGGGAAGGAUUGUGACGCCCUGUGGGAAGAUUUCCACAACAAACUGGUGGACUCAACUCUGCUAAACCUGGACGGAUACCUGCAGCAGUUCCCCGACCUGAAGAUGCGUGUUGCCAAAAGAAGUCGGAAACUCAUCGAUUACGACAGCGCUCGGCAUCAGCUGGAGUCUUUGCAGGUGGCUGGGAUGAAGAACGACAGGAAGGUUAUGAAGGCAGAAGAUGAGCUUAAAAAGGCUCAGAAAGUUUUCGAUGAGCUGAACGUCGGCCUUCAGGAUGAGCUGCCGACUCUCUGGGAUCGCCGAGUUGGUUUCUACAUCAGCACCUUCAAGUGUGUCACCAGUCUGGAGGCCAAGUUUCACCGAGAAAUCUCACUGGUGUGCAGGGAGCUGUAUGAAGUCAUGACCAAGCUAGGAGAGCAACACUCUGAUAAGAUCUUCACCAUCCAAGGAGCUCCAAGUGAUUCUGGACCGCUGCGCCUCGCCAGAACCCCAUCACCACCGGAAGACGAGACUCCCCCAGAGAGCCCAGAUGCCAGCUCCAAUCACAUGCUCCGCCCAGUUUCACCUGGUCCGCCCCGGCCGAAAUCCCCAAUUCAGGUAAUAGGAGUCCAGGUGAGUGCAGCCGGAUUCAGUCAGACACAAAGAAAAGUCCGUAGUGAAAGUAGCACUAAGAUAAAGUGAAGCGACAAGCAUGGAAUAACAUUUAAGAGGAUGUCCAGCCUCUUCUGUUACUUUCAAACAAAAAUAAUAUUCAAAAUACGGCAAAAAAUGGAAAAAAAUAUUGGGACAACCUGAUCUUUGGAAUCACUUUUGGGAUGUGAAUCCAUGGUGGUUACCAUGGUGAUAUGGGGGAUAACCAUGGUGAUACCUGCAGCAGUGUGACUGGAGGCCUCCAGGUCUUUAUGGAGCGUCUGGGAUAAACGCCAAACUCAAACACAAGCCAGUUCAGAAAGGCCCGCUGAGGCCAAAGGGCAAACCUCUGAUCUCAUUGACUAACUCGUACACCACACCCCAAUGUGUAGAUUGGAAAAGAAACCUGGGGCUGAGUGCCCAAACUGCAAAGGGAUUUGAUCCAGUGAGCCCAGUUGUUUGAACUGGUUUUCAAUCUAUGAAGAUCAGGGGUGAAAGUAGUCGGGUACGGUCAGGUACUGCGUACCCCUGCAGUACCU